CGUGCACAAACGACGCUCUCCUCAUCAGUCAGUCGCUUGCGGUUCGUGAGCGAAGAGAUAGUGGUUAUACGUCGAUUAUGUCUGAAAUGUACAAACUAGGUGAUUUGGUAUGGGCGAAGAUGAAGGGAUUUUCACCGUGGCCUGGCCGGGUAUCCAUUCCUUCGAAGGAUUUGAAGAAACCAGGAAAUACUAAGAGAGGACCAGUACAAUGUAUUUUCUUCUUUGGAACUAAUAAUUAUGCAUGGAUAGAAGAAUCCAAUAUCAAACCAUACCAACAAUAUAAAGAUACUUUGGUAAAGUCAAGUAAGUCUAUUGCUUUUAAAGAUGCAGUGGAAGCUAUAGAAGAAUUUAUUGCCAAAGGAGAGGUUUUUGAAGAUGGCUUAGAUCCAGAUUCGUUAUUUGACAGACUGAAAGAAGACACGUUAUCUACAGAAAAGAAAAUAGUUACAAAAAUACCGAAACCACGCAAGGAAACACCGAAAGCUAAAAGACUGGAUAGUGGUGCCAGUGACACACGUCGUCCAGCCAAAAAACAACGCAGAGAAUCCAGUACAAGCAAUAGUAACAGAGUCGGCAGUAUUAGUCCUGCACUAAAUCAUUCUACUCCUACUAGGAAGUCAGGAUCAACUCUUCUAAACAGGCCAGCCAAUAUCACCAGACCUGUAACACCACCUCUAGAUGUUGAAACAUUAUCUCAAACACUCAAAGAGAAGAAUAUCCUUCCUUCGAAUUUGAAAUUUGGUUUCCUCGGUUUGGGAAUUAUGGGCAGCGGCAUCGUAAAAAAUUUGAUCAACAGUGGGCACAGCGUGAUAGUGUGGAAUCGAACGCAAGAAAAGUGUGCGGAUUUUGUAAAGGCUGGAGCAGAGCAAGGAUUAACACCUUCGGACGUCGUAUUGGCAGCCGACAUAACAUUUUCUUGCGUUGCUGAUCCACAAGCUGCAAAAGAUAUGGUAUUUGGUAACUGUGGCGUAUUGAUGGAAAUAUCCUCUGACAAGGGUUACGUUGAAAUGACAGGAAUAGACGCGGAAACAUCACAGGACAUCGCCGAGGCGAUAAAUGCAAAAGGUGGCCGUUACCUUGAAGCACAAGUGCAAGGUAGCAAAACCCAAGCGCAGGAAGGCACAUUGGUCAUUCUUGCGGCUGGAGAUCGUACGCUUUUUGACGAUUGCCAAUCAUGUUUUGAGGCUAUGGGCAAAAACAGUUUCUACCUCGGAGAAGUUGGCAAUGCAUCCAAAAUGAACCUCGUCCUUCAGCUAAUGGCUGGCGUGACAUUGGCGGGACUUGCUGAGAGUAUGGCUCUAGCUGAUCGAGCGGGACUUCAACAGAAGGACGUUCUUGAGGUUUUAGAGUUAACCUCCCUAGCUUGUCCGGCGAUUCUUGACAAAGGAAAGGCGAUCAUCGAGGGUGGUUUCCCGACACAACUACCGCUUCAGCACAUGCAGAAAGAUCUUAGAUUAUCGUUAGGAAUGAGCGAUCAGCUCGAACAACCUCUGCCCCUUGCUGCAGCGGCGAAUGAAGUUUACAAGCAUGCAAAACGUCUCGGUUAUGGGGAACACGACGCCUCGGCUGUUUACAUCAGGGCCAGGUUCUAAUGGAGAACAACGUCGUCGGGGCUUUUGCUAAGAUCAUAUUUAUUGCAAUACCUAACGUUGUUUCCCCAGCGCUAAGAGAAAAGAUUAGUUAAGUGCGUCGAUUUGUCGCGAAAAUCGACGUUGUCAUAUAAUAGAGAUGAAAAGAGAGAAAGAACCAAACACGAGCAAAAGAGAGGGAAACAAAGAGCCAGAAAAAUGGAGAGAGAGAGAGAGAGAGAACCAACCAAGCACGCACGCACGUAACAAGCAAGCACACACGAUGUCAAGUAUAUAUGCUUACAUGUAUACUAUUGUUCGAGGAAAAUGAUAACGCAUUUAUCGUUGGAACACGUAUCGACGUUUUACGAAAGAUCGGACCAGUAAGUUUCACACAGUAAAAAGAUAUUAUUGACGAGUGGGCCAUCGAGAAGAUACACACGACGAGAAAAAUGAUAAACAAUGGAUUUACUCCUAUCCUCGUGAUCGAAAUUUAAUCUAUACAUAUGUAUACGUAAGCGUGCAUAUAUACAUAUAUACAUAUACACAUAUUGUAAUGUCACAAUUUGUUGUACUCUUAAUACAUAGAGGAAGGUGCAAUUAUCGAAGGAUAAGGAGGGAAAAUGUGCGUGUGAUACAUACAUAUAUAUAUAUGUAUAUAUAUAUAUAUAUGUAUGUAUGUAUGUAUAUAUGUAUAUGUAUAUACAAUAUAUAUAUAUAUAUAUGUGUGUGUGUAUGUAUGUUGUAUGUAUACCUGUACCAUGUGUACUAUCGUUAGAUAGUAGUUACGUGACAUUUUUCUUAACGCGAUUAGUAGAAAUUCGUUCUUUCAAGAAAUGUUUGCGAUGCAAGACGCGAGUCGAUGGUUAUUUCUCUCGAGUUGCGUCCCGUCGCUAUAAUGUAUUAAAGAACGUCGAAUCGAAGAGGAAACUCGGGACGCGUCGAAAAUGUGCCUUACGUUGCUACACGACGCAAAAAAUUCCUUAGUAAAGGCGUUCAAUAAUUCUGAAAGUUCGCUUGCGCGUUUCGAGAGCAUCAACGAUCGACAGCGCUAAUGCGUCUUAAGUGUCAUCCUUUAUAUAGACAUAUAUAGAAGACGUGUAAGAAAAAGAAGAAAAAAAAAAAAGGAUGAAGAAGAAAAAAAGAAGAAGA